AUGAUCCUAUCACGAGUCUGUCUUCUGCUGGCUCUCACCAGCCUGGUCACAUCGGCAUCCAUUCCCCCACCGUCAACGCGGGAGAACGUUGCCAGUCGCGAACUGGAUGCCAACCCUGCAUUCAUCGGCGCAGACGCCCCCAGCAACGCUCCUCUCCACCAAGAUAAACCUGUCCACGGAUCCUACUUUCUGUCCGAAUCUAUUCCGGACGACGAGCACAUCGCCGAACAACUGGCUGCCAUGCGAGAAGCAGGCUUCCUAGCCAAAGAUUCGGACCAUCAUCCCGUCAAAUCCACCAAAAGCUCUCCUACCCAACUCGACGACAUCAGUCCCUCGACGGCACUGCUUCAGGAUUGGAUCGCAGCCAUGGAUCAGGUUGCCGAGACCCAAUCCGCCUGGGACUUGGCCCACUCAAUUCUCCCGCCACUUCGAUUCCUCAUGAUUGCCAGCACGGUGAUUGCCGUUUUGACCAUCAUCCGCGGUUGUCUGCAAGCGCACCGAUGA